AUGAUACUUAUCAGUAUACUUCAUUGUCAAGAAAGCACAAAACAACAUACAGAAAAAAUAGGUUCUGAUGAGGAAGGUCGAUCAAGACAACGGAUUCAAACAUUUGCAGCAAAAAGGUAUGCAAGUGCAAUAGAAAGAAAUCCAGAUGAUUAUGAUGCACUUUAUAAUUGGGCAUUAGUUCUUCAGAACUUACACAAUUACACAGUUGCACGUGAUACUUUCCUUGCACACGUGGGUGCAACAUUUUGGGGCUCUAUGCGCCACAUCAUAUCACCUUCCCUUGCUGAUAGGGCUUUCCAUCAUUAUGAGAAAAUAUCCUUCCAGUUACUUUUCAUCACACAGGAGAAAGUGAGGCAUAUCAAGUAAUUACCUGUGUAUAUUAAAGCUAUCAUGGAUGGGCUUUCCUCUUUACUUUUACCUUCUCAGAAACCAAUAUUCAGUCAACAAGUGUUACCGUUUUCUGAGGACCCCGCUUUGGCAAUGGCCUUUUGCAUAAAUUUUAUUUACCAAUGAUAUGUAUUUGACAAUUACUUUUUGAUGUAUCUUGAAAGUAUUUUUUGAAUUUGUCACUAUAGUUCGUGUAAGCCUUUUUAUAUAUGUA